CUUUCGGCAACCGUCCAGGAACAGACCUAAUGAGUAAACACGUGUUGCAGAGCAACAAAGCCAGAAAUAUUAUUAUAGAUGCCAUUAUCGGAGAAAGCGGCAAAGAGGAGUAUUGGCCAAGGCCCACUGAAUGGCCAAAUCGAUUGAAGUCGGAUGUACUUUAUGCCGCCGACAACUCAGAGGGCCUGCCACCUGUCCUCGUCGAGGUUCAAUACUCUGUAGAUAACAAGUUCUUGCACCGUCUUGUUCGCUACUGCGAAGAAAUUAUCACUGCGUACGAUGUGCCACCUGUCGUUAUGGUAAUUGCCAUACACGAGUGCAGCCGAUCAGUCCUCAAAGCAGCGAAGACCGAUAAAAAGAAGACAUUUUUCUUCAAGCUUCCCUGCUAUCCAUGGGCAGAAGAAUGCUUUAUCUUAAGCAAGGAGUCAAUCUGUGCGCAUCUACAGAAAACGCCUCUGGAACCGAUUGUCGCCCUUGGCUCCUUCUUUGUAGACCAAAAGCAAGCAUUGGUCGAACAUGACCACCAUGAUGAUCCUACGAUAAAGCAAUUAUAUCAUAUUGCAGGCCGUAUCGUCCAAAAUCAAGUUACGGUGGAAGAAACACGAAUUGACCAGUUGCUACGUGUGAUCCAUGAGGCCGAAUCAUUCAGUGACAAAGCGAUCAGCACGCUUGACGACGGCGACGAUGAUAGCACGAAAAAACGAGCCAUUGGCUACAUGAAGCAAGCAAGAGCUCUGUUGAAGGCGUGCAAGCGCCAAAGGACAUCGUCGCCAGAAGCAGACCAGAACGGCCGCAAUUGGCGUUACAUUGAACGAUACCUGGAAAAAAACCAGGGUUCCAGAAUGAAGUGGCCCAAUUGCUACCAAGAUGGCAUCCGGGAAGGUUACUUCCAACACUUUUCCAACUAUACUAGUUUGAAAAAUGCGUACAACCGCUGGAAGAAAGGCGACCAAUAAACGUAGCUACCGAGUAAAAAGAAGAAAAUGCAAUUCAUUGACAUAUCAAAAAACUGUGCUGAUAACAGUGAAAAAUGACGGUGUCGGAGCAAUUCUUAGUGUUUGGAAGAUAACGGCUCUUUCAUUGAAUGAAUUUCGUCUUGAAUUAAAGAUCGCUCUGGCAAGCAUGCUGACUGUUAUAUUCGAAGAUAAAAAAUAUGAAACGUGAGAUCAAAAGCAUAUUGUUAUUUCUAUGAUUUAAUAAAGGCCGG